CACCAACCGCCCUCGCGGGCGGGACAUCAUUCUGCUCUCCGCCUUCGACGGCAUUGGGGCGGCGCCGUACAUUGUCGACCGCGACUUUGGGCGCCCUCGCCUGGCUGUGUCCUGGGAGGUCGACCGGGCGUGCAAGGCCCUGGUACAGCAGGCCAUGCCGUGGAUUGAGCACAGGGGCGACCUCUCCCGCGACUCGCCUAAGAACGUGGCCGACCUCGUCCUGGAAGCUGACCCCAACGCCGAGGCGAUGGUCUUGUGGUGCGCCGCCCCGCCGUGCCAGGACUUCUCGCGGAUCGCCCAGGGGGCGGGUCACCAGGGCGAGCACGGUCGCCUCUUCGAGGACUCCGUCGCCUUCAUGGACGAGCUCCGCUCCGCCCUCCGCCAGCAUCGCUUCGCCUUCCUCUACGAGAACGUGGAGAUGGACGCGGAGGCGGCCAAGGUGUCGUCCGACGCUCUGGGCGUGUCGCCCGUCUUCGUCUGCCCUUCCGACGCCUGCGCCUGGCAGCCGCCCGGGCGACGCCGACGCACGGUGGGCGGAAGGGGGCGCCAGUUCGCGCCCUGGCAUAACACCGUCGAGGCCAUGCUCCAGGACUCCCGGGGCGUGCUCCACAUUCCACCGCCAGACGUGAAGGAGCAGCUCCACCAUAUACCCGCCGGGUACACGGCCACGGCGGGGGCCGACACGAAAACUCGCCACCACGGCUGGCAUUGGGGCGUCGCCGCCCGGCUGCUGGGGAUCCUCGUCAUGGCGACCUGGGCGAAGCCGGUCUGGUCGCGUCGCGGCUGGGACUUCUCCCCACCACCCCGGCCUACGCUGGCCCUCCUGGGCGCGGGGCUGUCCUCCAGUUCCGCCGGGAGUGGCGCCAUGACCUCGUCCGCAUCCGCGCCGAGGUGCUCAGGGAGCUCCAGGAGAUGGUCGACGACGCCUCGGAGGAUACGAUCGCCUGGCUGGGCGCUCUGGACCAGUCUUCGACCGGCUGCUCCGGGCCUGGGGUACCCGGCUGGAAGCUGCGCUCCGACGAGCGUUACGCUCGCCCCGAAGGGCUGGACCGGCUGCGCCGGGAGAACCCCCAAUACGUGGCCAG